AUGGCGGACGUAGGCACACCGAGUGCUGCCGCAAUGGCCAAUGCCGACCCAUCUUCUGCACCCAAGGACAAGUCCACAAGUGUCGCCAAGCCCGAACGACCUGAUGAGGAUACGUACAAGAAAGAGCUUGCACAAGCCGAGAAGGAAUUACGCUCGUCGGAAGACCGCAUGAAGCAAAUCAAGGCCAAGCUCGACAAUGCGCGACCUAACAACAAGGACUCACCCUCAUCGAAACGCCAGCAGGAACUUCGCGCCGAGCUCCAGCAGAUUCGCACCCAGCAGCAGGCCGGCAAGUCGUCCCGCACCCAGGUUAUGGACAAGAUCAAGCGUUUGGAUGAAGGUUUGAAAUCUCGCAUAAACGAGCAGAAAGUCGCCCGCAGCCGCACGCCCUUCAAGUCAGUCGAUGAGGUCCAGCAGCAGAUCGAUCGCCUUCAAAAGCAGGUUGACACUGGCACUAUGAAGAUUGUCGACGAAAAGAAGGCUCUUGCCGAGAUCUCGCAGCUCAACAGGCAGAAGAAGGGUUUUGCUGGCUUCGAGGAUGCGCAGAAGGGUAUUGAUGAUGUUAAAGCACAAAUCGCUGAGCUUCGCAAGACCAUGGACGAUCCCGAAUCAAGAGCAAUGAGCGAUCGUUACACUGCUAUCACGACCGAGCUGGACCAGAUCAAGGCUGAGCAAGAUGAUGCAUUCAAGAGCUUGAACUCAAUGCGAGAUGAGCGCACAAAGGCGCACGACGAGCAACAGAAGAAGUAUACCACUGUCAAGGAGAUCAAGGACAGAUACUUCCAGUCACGAAGAGCAGCUGUCGAAUACGAGCGAGAGGCUCGCCGUAUCCGUGAAGAAAAGAGACGUGUGGAGAACGAUGCUUAUCACCGUGGCCGGAGGCAGACUGCAGCUCGCGAGAAGCUCGACGAGGCCAGUGCCCCUGCAUAUCAAGAAGAGAUCCGCACCGCUCAGAACCUGAUGGCCUACUUCGACCCGUCAUCAGCUCAGAAGGCAGAAGUCGCCGGACCAGGCAAAUUCGCAGCCACUGCAUCAAGGACUGUUGAGGAUGGUGGAAUCAAAGGUACUCGACUUCCGAAGAAAGGUGAUGACGAGGAGAACUAUUUCAUUGGUGGAGGUGGAAAGAAGAAUAAGAAGAGUCGUGGGCAGGCAGCUGGUGGUGCCGCUUCGCCUGCACCGGCGGCUAGCAAGUUUCAGCUCGAUAUGGGUACCAUCGACGGUCUUGGCAGAAUUGAUGUCGACCCGCCGAUGUCCCAGAGCGACGUGCCAGCCGUUGUUGAGAAGCUGAAAGGGAAGCUUGACCACUGGAAGGGUGAUCAGGAUCGCAAGACCAAGGAGAACAUUGCACAGGCUCAAGCCGAGAUUGAUCGCCUCGAGGCUGAGGCGACGGCCGCUGAGUCCAAGGCUGGUAGCUCAACGGAGACCGCGCGCAAGCCGGCAGCUGCUAAGCAGCAAGUCAAUGGUAGUGCAACCGCAGGAGCCGAGCACAAAGAAGACGACGCAGUCAACGAUGUCGCCGAUGAUCUGCAGAAGACAAAACUUGAAGACGAGGCUGCUCCAGAGGGUACUGCAUAA